ACUUCAAAUUACGUAGAUCAGAGUUGUGUAAAUAUUUAUUAUCGUAUUUUUGUUUGAUUUCCCUUUCCUUGUGCUAAUUUCUUCUGAAAGUUAAUUUAAAGUUAACGUGCAACAGUGAAAAUUAACAAUGUUUUUAUUGAAUUAACAUUUAUGAGUACACCAAGAGUAUUUUGUGUAAAAAAAUAGUGUAAACUUUAAGAGAAGAAACAUAGGCAAAGCCGCAUGUUCAAAGCACCUAGGAGGCUGCUGAUUGGCGAUGGCCGGUGGGUGUGCGUGGUCGCGACGUGUGGGCGCCCGAACGAGGACUCUUAGAGGAUUAGUUCGGGACACACAGCGGGCUCUGAACGACGUCUGCGAUAUAUUGAAUUAUGAUCCGGAUAUCCUGGUAACAGUUCAAGAUAUAGGCAACCAGUUGGCGAGAAGCACAGCUAUCGUAGUACUAGGGAGCACGCCGUCGGCCAAGGCUAGACUUCUGCACUGCUUGUUGGGACGACAGCUGCUGCCUGAUUCUCCGCCGAGAGGAUGCAGAUGGCUUCGUAUCCAGUACGGGAGCACAACCCAGGUCCACCUGACCCUCGGCAACUCAGAGUUCGAGCUCGUCGAAGAGUUGGAGUGCAACAAGCGUCCCUGGGAGACGCUGCCCGUUGAGGAUCUCCUACGACGAGACAACGCCGACGCCUCAACGAUACUAGAAGUGGAAAUCAACAAUCAAUUCCUAAGAGACGGCCUCAAGAUCAUCAUACCUCCCGACAUCAGCGUCGAGCCAGGCCUCGCAGACCACCUGACGCUGAAGAAGCUCCACCAUGAACUGUACACGAAAAGAGAAAGCAUCUUGAGGAGCAUCAACCCGGUAUACCUGUACGGUAUCGACAGAAUGGGAAAGAACAUCUUCAGCGAUAAUAUAAUGAAUUCGCUUGUGGUGUCGAAGAGCGAAGAAGACUUUUGGGACAGUUUCAAUCUGUACUGCAUGAGCAAGAAUGAGAGGGAGAGAGAGAAGACUGAGAUCGUUAUAGAUAGAGAGGACAGAGAGUGGAAUUCAACGAGGGAGCCUUGUGUUUUUAGUGGGGAGAACUGCCUGGACCUGCACCAAAUAAAGGAGAUAAAUCCGAACGCUCAAGUGAUGUUCGUAUUGUUCUCGGACAGCGCGGAGACGUGCGGCGCGGGGCGGGGGGGCGGCGCCGCGCCGCUGCUGCUCGACGUGGAGGCCACGGAGUCCACCGAGGGCUCCGUGUGCUGCGACGAGCUGCCAGAGAGCGACCAGGGCCUGGUCCAAAUAAGGAAUAAUAACGGGUCUCCGACAUCGAAAGCUCAGGACGACAGACGACUGCACGAAGCACAAAUAGCUUUUUUGAACGAGCUUCUGGACCAGUGGGAGCUUAUGUCGUCCAGGCCGCAAAAGCACCAAGUCAAGAGCCAGUGGAUGAUCCUGAACGAGCUGGCGGUGCACCGCGGGGGCGAGGGCGGGGCGGGCGGCGCGCGGGGGGCGGGGUCGCGCACGGCGCUGCUGGGGGCCGUCGUGCGCUUCGCCACCGACACCGCGCUGGCCGACCUGCUGCAGCGCGCCACCAGGCUCGGCGAGAUCCACGUGAAGCUGCUCCAGCAGUUCAUCCUGGCCUCGUACGACAUGGCCCGAGAGCUGCAGGUGGUGCCCAAGAAGAUCCAGUACGUGGCACGGCAGGAGCAGCAGCUGUAUGAGACUAUACACGAGAAGUUCACCGAGGGUGACAAGAAGCACGAGCUGCUGCGGAUAAUGCAGGACGUGCUGCAAGAGAUGAAGCACGAGAUCAACAAUAUGGACUGGAGCGUUGACGACCUGCCGUGCCACCAGGACCACCGCUUCACCGUGUCCAGCUCUACGUUCUACUCGGCGCGGCCGAGUCCGGAGCACCCGCGCGACUGGUCGCGGAGCCCCGACCCCUCGGACGGCGAGGAGGCCGUCUCCUACGACACCUACAACUUCGACGACUACGAGAUCAUCCAGCAGAGCUUGGAUACCUUCGGGGACUCGCUUCCAAUGAGGGUCCGACCCGAGGAGGACGCGUCCAAGUUCAACAACAUCAAGAUCGAGAAUGAAUACGAGUCGUGCUCCGUGUCGUCGGCGCGCAGCGGCUGGGCGGUGGCGACCGGCAGUGACGUCACCACCUGCACCAACAACACCAACGUCUCCAUCAAGCAGGCGUCGCUGGACGUGCAGCAGACCGUGCUAUCGAAGCUGAGCCGAAAAAUUAGUUUGAAACUGGUGAAGUUCGUGGAUUGCCUCAAGAACACGUACUUCGGUACGCUGCAAAGAUGUCUAGAAUCCCUAGAAUCGUCUUGCAGACAGGAGCUGGGUGGUCUACCGGCCAGUGAGGCAAUGAGGCAGCUACUGUCGGUUGCCUGGCAGGUGGACCUCCAGCCCUGUGCCUCCUUCUCUGUACUGAGGACUCUAAUCGAAUCACUUAGAAGACUUUUGCAUAAAUUGAAGAUAGUGAGCGGCGAAGAUGAUGACGCGUGUUGCGUGCUGAGCCCGGUGUGGAGGCGCCACGUGGCGAUGCACGCCGCGCACUCGCUCAACCCGCACCGCCUCGCCAGGCUCAUAUCCACGCAGAUCCUAGAGAAGCUAAGCACGGCUCACGAACGCUAUCAAUCGGCGCUGGCGUCCCUCGAGGCGGCCCUGACGGGGCGCCUCCACCACACCGAGGACGUGAAGCUGGCCAUCAGGAAGAAACACGCCCCGUCCUUCGCCAGACUCUGCCUCGAGAGCACGUCCCUGUGCGACAUGCUGAUGCACGGCGUUCCGGAGCUGGGCAGAGAGAUCGGUCGCGGGCAGUACGGCGUGGUGUACGCCGUCCGCGGCAGCUGGGGGGGCCACUCGCCGGUCGCCGUCAAGUCGGUGCUGCCCACGGACGAGCGCCAUUACCACGAGCUGGCCAUGGAAUUCUUUUAUACUAGGAGUAUACCGGCGCACCCCCGCAUAGUCCGUCUGUACGGGUCGAUAGUGCAGCGCCAGAGCUCCGGGCCCAGCGUGCUGCUGGUGUCCGAGAGGAAAUGUCGGGAUCUGCACGCGGCCGUCAGGGCGAAACUCCCCUUCUCCACUCGGAUGAGGAUCAGCUGCGAUAUCGUCGACGGAAUCCGCUACCUGCACUCGCUGGGUCUGGUGCACCGCGACAUCAAGACGAAGAACGUCCUCCUGGACGGGGCGGACCGCGCGGCGCUGUCGGACCUCGGCUUCUGCACGGCCGGCGCGCUCAUGUCGGGCUCCGUGGUGGGCACGCCGGUGCACAUGGCGCCCGAGCUGCUGGCCGGGGACUACCACGCCUCCGUCGACGUGUACGCUUUCGGGAUCUUGUUCUGGUACGUGUGCGCUGGUGACAUAAAGCUACCGUCAGCUUUCGAAACUUUCCAAAACAAGGAACAGCUUUGGAGUAAGGUUAAAAGAGGUCUGAGACCUGAACGUCUACCUCAGUUCUCGGACGAGUGCUGGGAGAUCAUGGAGUCGUGCUGGGCCUCCGAGCCCUCCCAGCGGGCGCUCCUCGGGGACGUGCAGAACAAGCUGGAGAGGAUCUUGGAGCAGGCUCUAAAGGACGAAAAGUCUCCGGGCUACCUCGCCGCGGACGAGCCAGAUCUUAAUGACGACUAGCGGAACCAUAUCCUCAGGGUGAUGAGGCAGGAGUCGCCAGACACACUCGUCUUUGUCUAUUUGGAGCACCAGCCAAAACAGCUGAACCGGUUUCAAAGAUCUUACAUGCCUGAAGUUGCCGGGGACUGAUGUUUGUUAACGCCAAACUACUACUCUACGCAUUUUGAUAGAAAUCUAUACAUAUAAAUAAAAUUGGAGUGAUUGUUUGUAAUAUUGAAAUAACCGCUUUUUACUACAUGCAUAUGAAUAUAUA